AUGCCGAAGAAUAAGGGAAAGGGAGGAAAGAACAGGAGAAGAGGGAAGAACGAAAAUGAUUUCAUGAAACGGGAACUGGACACGAAGGACGUUGGUCAAGAAUAUGGCCAGGUUUCAAAAAUGCUUGGUAAUGGUCGAGUAUUGGCGUUUUGUUUUGACGGGAAACAAAGAGUGUGUCAUAUUCGAGGGAAGUUAAGGAAGAAGGUUUGGAUCAACACCGGAGACAUCAUCCUCGUUGGACUUAGGGAUUACCAAGAUGACAAAGGAGAUGUUAUCCUGAAGUAUACACCAGACGAAGCUCGUCGAUUGAAAGAAAAGAAUGAACUGCCCGAACACGCAAAAAUCAAUGAAAAUGAUGAACAAGAGGAAGGAGAGAUUGAAUUCAGAGAUCUCGGUGCUGAAUCUGGAGAAGAGGAGGGCGAAGAAGAGGACAACAAUAUGCCCUCAAGUGGCAGUGAGGAGAGUGAGGAGGAAAGCGAAGAGGAAGAGGAAGAAGGCAGUGAUAGUGAUGAAGAUUCUGAUAAUUUCGUAAAUGAGGAAGAUUUGGCGCGUGGACGAGGAUUGAAGCCCAGUGGACGUGGUGGCAGAAAUAAAUAUAAUAAGAGGAGAUGA